GGGCGGGCCGCUUGGUUUGUUAAUGAGUUCGAGAAAGCCGCGGCGCGGCCCACCAGGUUCCAAAACAAGGAAAUGAAGGGGGGAGGCGGGACUGUGGGUGCCUGCGGGAGCCUCCGCCGCCACCGCGGAGGAGGAGGAGGCGGAGGAGGUGGCUGCCUCGGCCGCCGAGGAGUCCCUUGCUGAAGGCAGACCGCGGAGCGGCGGGCGGCGCGCGCGCGCCCGAGCGGCGGCUGUUGGAGAAGUGGAGCGGCCGCGGCGGAGGGACUGAGUGGCGGCGGCCCCCGCGUCCCGGUUUCUCUAUGGGGGAAGCAGACAAUGGAUUAUGAUUUCAAGGCGAAGCUGGCGGCGGAGCGGGAGCGGGUGGAGGAUCUGUUUGAGUACGAAGGGUGCAAAGUGGGACGCGGCACCUACGGGCAUGUCUACAAGGCGAGGCGGAAAGAUGGAAAAGAUGAAAAGGAAUAUGCACUGAAGCAGAUCGAAGGCACAGGGAUAUCCAUGUCAGCUUGUAGAGAGAUUGCACUUUUGAGAGAAUUGAAGCACCCCAACGUGAUCGCAUUGCAGAAGGUGUUCCUUUCUCACAGCGACAGGAAGGUGUGGCUGCUGUUUGACUACGCAGAACAUGACCUUUGGCAUAUUAUUAAGUUUCACCGUGCAUCAAAAGCAAAUAAAAAGCCUAUGCAGUUACCAAGAUCUAUGGUUAAGUCGCUGCUUUACCAGAUUCUCGAUGGUAUCCAUUACCUCCAUGCAAACUGGGUGCUUCACAGAGACCUGAAACCAGCAAAUAUCCUAGUAAUGGGAGAAGGUCCUGAGAGGGGGAGAGUCAAAAUAGCUGACAUGGGUUUUGCCAGAUUAUUCAAUUCUCCUCUAAAGCCACUCGCAGAUUUGGAUCCAGUGGUUGUGACGUUUUGGUAUCGGGCUCCAGAACUUCUACUUGGUGCCAGGCAUUACACAAAGGCCAUCGACAUAUGGGCAAUAGGCUGCAUAUUCGCUGAAUUGUUGACUUCAGAGCCUAUUUUCCACUGUCGUCAGGAGGAUAUAAAAACAAGCAAUCCUUUCCAUCAUGACCAGCUAGAUCGGAUAUUUAGUGUCAUGGGGUUUCCUGCAGAUAAAGACUGGGAAGAUAUUAGAAAAAUGCCAGAGUACCCAACACUUCAGAAGGACUUUAGAAGAACAACGUAUGCCAACAGUAGCCUCAUAAAGUAUAUGGAGAAACACAAGGUCAAGCCUGACAGCAAGGUGUUCCUCCUGCUUCAGAAACUCCUUACCAUGGAUCCAACGAAGAGAAUCACCUCAGAGCAGGCUCUGCAGGACCCUUACUUUCAGGAGGACCCCUUGCCCACAUUAGAUGUGUUUGCUGGCUGCCAGAUUCCGUACCCCAAAAGAGAAUUCCUUAAUGAAGAUGAACCGGAAGAGAAGGGUGACAAGAAUCAGGGACAGCAGCAGAAUCCGCAUCAGCAGCCCACAGCCCCCCCACAGCAGGCGACAGCCCCUCCCCAGGCUCCUCCACCACAGCAGAGCAGUGCCCAGACCAAUGGGACAGCAGGGGGAGCCGCGGCAGGCGGGGCUGGCGCUGGAGCAGGACUGCAGCACAGCCAGGACUCCGGCCUGACCCAGGUGCCUCCAAACAAGAAGCCCCGCAUUGGGCCUUCGGGUGCAAGCUCGGGCGGGCCGGUUAUGCCGUCAGAUUAUCAGCACUCCAGUUCUCGCCUGAAUUACCAAAGCAGCGUUCAGGGGUCUUCCCAGUCCCAGAGCACACUAGGCUACGCCUCAUCUCAACAGAGCACGCAGUACCACCCGUCUCACCAGGCCCACCGGUACUGAGCACUGCCUCUGCUUGCCCAGGACAGCGUAGCACAGCCUCCAGCAGGGCGGCAUCUGUAUCGCAGAGAGCCCCAGAGUGUAGACUGUGAUGCAGACCUCACUAGAGAGGAAGCCUUUGCCUACUGAGUGUUCUGAAGGACGAAUAUCUCUUCUUGGUUGACUUAGGAAGAAGAUCUUGUGAAGUGUCCCCAGCCCUCUUCCCGCAUGAAUUUCUCUGGGACUUCCCUGGUGAAGCCUCUGGUCUGCCCCAGCAUGUCUGCAGCCUUCAGCACUUCCUGAAGGAGUUCCUGGUGCACCUUUCUCACGCUGUAGCGAUCAUCAGAAUUUAUCUCUUCUUAGGACUGCAAUGUUUUAGGAACAGGGUUCCGCGCUGUAUAGUUUUAUACUUCAUGAACUGAUUGAACAACACGAGCCACGCACCUUUAAAGCACUACACAGUCUUCACAGACUAACUGCUUUGCUCUUGGAGUCUUAGAAAGAAACUGUUGCUGUCCCAAAGUACUUUACUAUUAGGUUUUUAUUUAUCUCUUUCAGGGAAGGUCUAGUAAAGGCAAGCGUGGGACAGAGGGUCCCCACAGCCAAACCAGUGUUGAUCUUUGCAGCUGCCGUGCUCGUGCUGUGAAGAGCUGAAGUAGUUGGUGGUUUUUAUAAUCAUUCAUGAGGAACUUAGUUCCCAGAAGCAUCAUAUUCUGAGUAAUAUUCAGUAACUAAAAAUUAUAAUUUUAACCUUCAUGUAGCUAAGUCUACUCUAGGGGGGGGUUCAAGAGCUUUGAUGGAACAUGGCCCUUUGGGGCCCUCCUGGGAAAUCUGAAAAGACUGUAAACCGCAGAGGGCUUCGCAGAGGAGUCGUGCUGAUCAAGGGCCCUUUCUUCCCCUCAAAGGAGGCAUCUCCAGAGGAGCCUUGGUCCCUCCAGUCUCUCCACGUCUGGGUCAGCACGAGUGACUGUCUUACAUAAUCAAGGGUACUCAGCUCGAAGCCUGUUCACUCAUCCGCAGUGUUCUCCUUUUGUAUUUACAUUAGGCAUAGAGUGACUAUUUUUAAAGCAUGUUAAAAUUUUAGGUUUUAUCCAUGUUCAAAGUAUGUAUUAUGUAUGCAUAAUUUUGCUGUUGUUACUGAGACUUAACGCUGUCAAGAAUCUUUUUUAUUGCACUGAAUGCUUUCUUUUGCCCCUAGGAGAAAAUUUAAUAAUUGUGCCUAAAAACUAUGGGCAGAUAGUGUAAAGUAGAUGAGGUGAAUAUUUGCAUUUCCAUGAUCUACGAAUUAGAGGGGAGUUCUUUUUUAGCUACUUCUAAGAACCCCUCGCCCUCCAGAGUCAAGAGGAAAUGUAAAGGCUUAGAGCCCCAUCGUAGUGCGGGGGGCAAGAGCAUCUCUGUUCUGAUGCUCCUAGCAGCGCCAGCCUUGUUCUCAGUGUUUCUUGAGCUAGAAAAAUAGCCAGUUGUUGUAUAUGCAAACUAUAUGCAUUUUUAAAAACUAUUCUUGUGAACUUAUCUACCUGGUUAUGAUACUCUGGGGUCCAUAUUCAAGUAAAAUAAGAUUUUAGAAGCCAGUAUACAUUUUGCACUAUUGAUGUGAUACUGUAGCCAGCCAGGACCAUACUGAUUUCAGCAUAAUAAUGCUUCUAAAUAGUAAUAAAGGUUGAAUAGUGAUAUGCGCACCAAGACUGACAAGGUCAUUGACAUACUUCACUGGGAGGAAUUUCUGACUGGCUCCAUGAUUCUUAUCCCUUAUAUUUUAGAAAAUAAGACUCAGCCUCCUGCAUAAUGUAGCUACCUAUGUAAAGUUCUGUCUGGUGCCCUAGAGCCUGUGUCCAGGGCCACUGCUCCCUUACAGGCUCAGUGCUCUGCCGGGUAGAAAAGCAGAGAGCAAGACACAUUCCUCAUUGCAGCCAAUCCAGUGACAAGCUCAUGUGUGAUGUCUGUGCCACGUGGCUGACUUAGAAAUGUCUUGUGAUAUGAAGGCCCUUUUGUUUACUCUGAACCCGCUCGGAUCCCUAGGCCUCUGAAUUUAUAGUAAACAGUGUUAUCAGGAAGCAGGUAUGUGACUGACCUCUUGAGGAGAAAGCCGGUGAUUAACUGUCACCAAAGGCAUCUAUGCAUCUUUGAAAUGUUCACAGCAGCCUUCAGCAGCAACUGGGGACACUUACGGACAGAGUCCAUUCUACCAAGUGGUUGUAGGAAAUCACAAUAAAAAUAGAAGUUCUUGCCCUCAAGUGAGCUCACGUUUAAUAAAAGACAUUAGCCCCAGUCUGUGUAUAGAACAAAAUGCUAAGAGUUCUUUGUAUGCAAGCUGAAUACACAAUUCUGGCAAUAUGGCCCUAGUAAAAGUGACACACACACCGGGUACCUUCCAGUCUAGUGUUUCCAGGACACAGCCAGAAAACUCCAUACUGUACUCAGCGGGGCUCCACAUCACCACGCUGCUUCUAGCCCUUUGCUUUUCUCUUCUUGCCUCAGGGGUAGUGACGCACACCUGUACCCAGCACUCUUAGAAGUGGGUUUUGUUUAUCAUUUCCUUUCUCUGGAAAGGAAGCAAAGCCUUGCAUAUACAUUAAGGCCAUAGUCCAUGGGGUGGGACCUCUUGUGGGACUUGUGAAUCUUCUUAAGGGUAGAAUUGACCUUGGUGAGCCUCAAGUGAUUGCAUUACUCUUUGAACAUUUAUUGGAUACUAUUUUGUCCCCUAGGGACCCGGAGGCAUCCUCCGACUUACGGGAACCUCGAAGUCUAGGGAGAUAUUGAAGGAUUGAGUUGAAAGGUUUCUGGUUUUUUUUUUUUUAAUUAAAAGUCACUUUUAGAGGUAGCUUUUUGGAGGGGUGUCUGGGGGAAAGGAUUCAGGAGUGUGGGACAGGCUAGCUUAAAUAAAGUAAGGUAGCUUGGGGCUGGGCUGGUAUUACGAGGUUGAAGCAAUCCUUUUGAUGAAGUAGCCAUGCAGCGAGAUGCAGAAAUCGAGGACGUGUCUAUUUUUAUAUCUGUGCUUUUGAGACUUUAGGACUUAGAAUUCUGACACUCUGCACUACUUCACUCCAGCAUAACUAAGACCUUUAAGACGGGAACGGACGGCACCCACAUGCAUUCAACUUCACUGCCUCGUGCCUGGUGCAACAACUUGCCAGUUCUCUGUGCCUCUGAAAUGAAGCUCUUUUCAUCGCUAGAGGGAAAAGGAAUUGGAGAGUAAGGUUUGCAGCCGGCUUUGCUUUUGUUAAUGGGUAGCCGCAGCUACACACCCGAGGAAAACUAGCAGGGAAGUUGCGACUUCAGCUCGGUGCUGCUCCCCAGGAGAUGGAGAAAGGCGGUGGAUAGCCAUUGGUUUUAAUGGAGGCUUGAAGGAGUCAAGUACAAGUAAUAAUUUUCUACAAAAUGUAGCAGUUUAGGUCCCCAUAAUCAUCAAGAAUAGUCAUGAAUAUCAUAACCCCAAAGGUCAGUGUUUGAGGACUUUGAAAAGUGUGUUGUACCCGAGGAGGUGCUUGUUCCUCUAAGCUGUUGCCGGUAGGGAGUGAUGUGGAUGUUUUAUACGGGAAAUACCUAAUGCACUGUUAUCACCUAUAGUGAGUAAAUUAAGACUAUUUAAUUUUUUAAAAGCUUUGUCUCGGUAGACACUAAAAGCAUUAUACAAAGCCAGGACUAAGGUGUCCUUUUUAAUAACAGCUGAAAGUACUUUUUAUAUAUGUUAUACAGUAUGUUCUUUAUAAACUAGUUUGUAUUUCUGAUAAUUCCUAUUUGUGAAAUGUACCUGUCUAUCUUUUUCGGUCAUUUUCUGCACGCACCCCCUCUGUAUGACCGUAGGUAUUGCCAUGGCUCUCCUUGCUCUGUUGUGAUGUGUAUACUCCAGGCCGGCUGCCCUCUGUAGCCCAUUCUGGGGAUGCAGGGUGUGCUGCCUCUUCAGAACUGAGGGCUUCUGCUCUGGAGUUAUCCAGCCAUCCUUCUCAAAGUGACAGUUUCAGCUACGAUAAGUUACAUGUAUUUUAUAUUCUUGGUUGAAAUAAAAUUUAAUUGACUUCG